UUUUGUUAUGCUACAUUGACAUCAGAUCACAGAACACGGAAGCGACAGUUCCUUCAAGCAUUCGUUUGUCCCAAAAAGGCUUCAGAGAGGUAUCAUGAACACUGUAAGCAGAGCAGGGGACCUGGAGUGGAGUCCCAGGAUCUGGGUGUCCAUAUCAUAAAGGAGAGAUGAGCAAAGGAAAAAACAAGGGCCAGGAUAAUGUGCCCAGUUCUCUCCUCAGUAUCCAGGAGAAUGAACACCUGGUAGAUCUGCUGGGAAGGAGAUGUGUGACCAUGGCCACGGCAGUUGUUCAGUUGUACAUGGCUCUUCCUCACAGUCUGACCCAGUGGAGUUUCCAACACACAGGAGUCAUGUGUUUCAUUAAGGAUAAUCCUAACCGCUCAUAUUACAUCCGGCUCUUUGACAUCAAGGAAGGGAAAAUGAUUUGGGAGCAGGAGCUGUACACUCAGAUGACAUAUUCCUGUCCAAUGAGGUUCUUACACAGUUUUGCAGCUGAUGAUUGCCAAGUAGGUCUGAACUUUGCCAGUGAGACAGAAGCUGACUUUUUCAGAAACAUUGUUGAGGAGAAGAUAAAUCAAAGAACCAACUGCCAAGAUAAAAGGCAGAAUGUUCCAACCGAAGAAAAUCGGGUGCUACAACAAAUUCCUCCCACAAAUGGUCCAGUUUCACAGCCAAGUGCUACUGUGGACAUCCAGAACCCAGAUAUCAUGGCUUCAAGAUACCGCUCUCCCCCAGUUCCCACACCUGCGGCAGCCUCAAUCUCUAUAGGCAAGAAGGGCAAAAAGGGAAAGAAGAAAGGCCCAAGGCUUACUAAGGCAGACAUUGGAGCUCCUAGUGGAUUCAAACAUGUCACUCAUGUCGGGUGGGAUCCAAACUCUGGUUUUGAUACCAAUAAUCUCGACCCUGACCUGAAGAAACUAUUCAGCUGUGCUGGGAUUAGUGACGCCCAGCUGGCAGAUAAAGAAACAUCUAAGAUCAUCUAUGACUUCAUCGAGCAAUCUGGGGGCCUGGAUGCAGUAAAAGAGGAAAUGAGGAAGCAGGGAGAUCCUCGUUCUGUCCCUGCACCUCCUCCACCCCGAGGAGGGCUUCCUCCGUUCUCAGGUACACCUGCACGCCCUUCUCCUCCUUCACGCAGUCCUGGACCCCCACAUUGUGGCCCACCGCCACCUGCACCACCAGGAGGCAGACCUGGACCUCCGCCCUCUCCACCGUCCUAUCUCCCACCCCCACUGCCCCCAAGCCGUGGAGGUCCACCACCUCCGCCUCCUCCCCCCCCUCCUCCACCUCCUCCUUCUUCAGCCCCUAGCUUCCCUAGUAGCCCUGACAGCUCAGCUCCACCUCCUCCCUCCGGUGGGGGAGGACGAGGAACCUUAAUGGAGGAAAUUCGCCGUGGACGUGUGCUAAAGACUGUGACUGAGUCCCUGGACUCUUAUCCUCCAGCUCAAGACCAGUCCUCAGAAGGCAUUGUGGGAGCUCUAAUGGACGUGAUAAAGAAAAGGAGUAAAGUCAUCCAUUCCUCAGGAGACGAGGGAGAUGAUGAAGGUGAUGAAGACGAUGAUGACGAAUGGGACGACUAAUGCUUCUUUCUGCCAUUGAUUCACACACGCAUGCCAUCUAUCUCAGCAAAUAUGAGCUGAUAAGAUUUUACUGUUAAAGGGAUAGUAAACCCAAAAAUGAAAAUUCUCUCAUCAUUUACUCACCCUCAUGCCAUCCCAGAUGUGACUUUCUGUCUUUUGCAGAACACAAAGGAAGAUUUUAAGAAGCAUAUUUCAGCUCUGUUGGUCCAUACUAUGCAAUGGUGACCAGCACUUUAAAUCUCCAAAAAUCACACAAAUGCAGCAUACAUUAAACCACUGGAGUCAUAUGGAUUACUUUUCUGCUGCCUUUGUGAUUUUUGGAGCUUGAAAGGUCUGGUCACCAUUCACAUGCAAUGAAAGGAUGUACAGAGCUGAAAUAUUCUUCUAAAAAUCUUCGUUUGUGUUCAGCAGAGGAAAGUCAUAUACAUCUAGGAUGGCAUGAGGGUGAGCAAAUGAUGUGAGAAUUUUUAUUUUGGGGUGAACUAUCCCUUUAAUGCUUCACCCGAAAUUAUCAUUGCGACAAUACGUAGGAGACCUUAAAAUAACAUCAGAUUAAGACUGGACUGAUUGAUCUGCUUGAAAUCCAAUAAAGCAAAUGUUUAUCUAA